CCAGCCUGGGUGGCUGCAGCUGGAGGGGACAGCAGGACCUCUGAGAUGCAGUUUGUCCACCAGCUGGCCUCGUGGGAAACAGCUCCAUUUGGGCUCUUCUUCCAAAAUGGUCAUCUCUUUGGAAAGAUGGUUCUUCAUUUCAACUCCCUUUUUGGCUUCCCUGUCAUACUCCUGUACCACUGGAUGGGUUCAACUGUGUCUUUGAAUCUGGAAGAUCCCAAUGUGUGUAGCCACUGGGAAAGUUACUCAGUUACAGUGCAAGAGUCAUAUCCACAUCCUUUUGAUCAGAUUUACUAUACCAGUUGUACGGACAUCCUGAACUGGUUCAAGUGCACACGACACAGGAUCAGUUACCGAACCGCCUACAGACAUGGUGAGAAGACGAUGUACAGGCGCAAAUCCCAGUGCUGCCCUGGAUUCUAUGAGAGCAGGGAAAUGUGUGUCCCUCACUGUGCUGAUAAAUGUGUCCAUGGCCGUUGUAUUGCUCCCAACACCUGUCAGUGUGAGCCUGGCUGGGGAGGACCCAAUUGCUCCAGUGCGUGCGACAGCGACCACUGGGGACCCCACUGCAGCAGCCGCUGCCAGUGCAAGAACGGGGCCCUGUGCAACCCCAUCACCGGCGCCUGCCACUGCUCUGCAGGCUUCAAGGGCUGGCGCUGCGAGGAGCGCUGCGACCCUGGCUCCUACGGCAACGACUGCCACCAGAAGUGCCAGUGCCAGAACAGAGCCACCUGCGACCACGUCACCGGAGAGUGCCGGUGUCCCCCCGGAUACACCGGCGCCUUCUGUGAGGACCUGUGUCCCCCCGGGAAGCACGGCCCACAGUGCGAGGAGAGGUGCCCGUGCCAGAACGGAGGCGUCUGUCACCACAUCACCGGGGAGUGCUCCUGCCCGCCGGGAUGGAUGGGCAUGGUCUGUGGUCAGCCUUGUCCUGAAGGUCGUUAUGGGAAGAACUGCUCCCAGGAGUGCCAGUGCCACAACGGAGGCACCUGCGACUCAGCGACAGGCCACUGCCACUGCAGCCCAGGCUACACAGGGGAACGGUGCCAGGAUGAGUGCCCAGUGGGGAGCUAUGGGCUGCUUUGUGCAGAGACCUGCAAGUGUGUGAAUGGUGGGAAGUGCUACCACAUCAGUGGUGCCUGCCUCUGUGAGCCUGGCUACACUGGGCAGCACUGUGAAACCAGGCUCUGCCCCGAGGGGAUUUAUGGCCUCAAGUGUGAUAAAAAGUGUCCCUGCCACAUGCCCAACACCUGGAGCUGUCACCCCAUGUCUGGGGAAUGCUCCUGCAAGCCAGGCUGGUCUGGGCUGUACUGCAACGAGACGUGUUCCCCGGGCUUCUACGGGGAGUCGUGUCAGCAGAUCUGCAGCUGCCAGAACGGGGCUGACUGCGACAGCGUCACUGGCAAGUGCACCUGUGCCCCUGGAUUUAAGGGUGCAUCUUGUGGUACCCCUUGUCUCCCUGGGACAUAUGGAGUGAACUGCUCCUCUGUGUGCAGCUGCAAGAACGGGGCCACCUGUUCACCUGUGGAUGGCUCUUGUGCCUGCAAAGCAGGUUGGCAUGGUGUGGAUUGCUCCAUAAAUUGCCCCAGUGGCACGUGGGGACUGGGCUGUAACCUGACCUGCCAGUGUCUUAAUGGAGGGGCUUGCAAUGCUCUGGAUGGCACCUGUACCUGUGCCCCAGGAUGGAGGGGAGAGAAAUGUGAACUCCCUUGCCAGGACGGUACCUACGGCCUGGACUGCGCCGAGCGCUGUGACUGCAGCCACGCGGACGGCUGCCACCCCACCACGGGCUACUGCCGCUGCCUCCCGGGAUGGUCAGGUAUUCACUGUGACAGUGUGUGUGCUGAGGGGCAGUGGGGUCCAAAUUGCUCCUUGCCUUGUUACUGCAAAAAUGGAGCAUCCUGCUCUCCAGAUGAUGGGAUCUGUGAGUGUGCACCAGGAUACAGAGGCACCACUUGCCAGAGAAUCUGCUCGCCGGGGUUCUACGGCCACCGCUGCAGCCAGACCUGCCCCCAGUGCGUGCACAGCAGUGGCCCCUGCCACCACAUCACGGGCCUGUGUGACUGCCUGCCUGGAUUCACAGGAGCCCUCUGCAAUGAAGUAUGUCCCAGUGGCAGAUUUGGGAAGAACUGUGCUGGAAUAUGCACCUGCACCAAUAAUGGGACUUGUAAUCCUAUUGAUAGAUCCUGUCAGUGCUACCCUGGAUGGAUUGGUAGUGACUGCUCUCAGCCUUGCCCACCUUCCCACUGGGGACCAAACUGCAUCCACACGUGCAACUGCCACAAUGGAGCUUUCUGCAGUGCCUACGAUGGGGAGUGCAAGUGCACCCCGGGCUGGACUGGCCUUUACUGCACACAGAGGUGUCCCCUGGGGUUUUUUGGGAAGGACUGUGCCUUGAUCUGCCAGUGCCAGAACGGAGCCGACUGCGACCACAUCAGCGGGCAGUGCACGUGCCGGACGGGCUUCAUGGGGCGGCACUGCGAGCACAAGUGUCCCCAGGGCACGUACGGGUACGGAUGCCGCCAGAUCUGUGACUGCCUGAACAACUCCACCUGUGACCACAUCACGGGGACCUGCUACUGCAGCCCAGGCUGGAAGGGGGCCAGGUGUGAUCAAGCUGGUGUAAUUAUAGUGGGAAACCUGAACAGCCUGAGCCGUACCAGCACUGCCCUCCCUGCUGACUCCUACCAGAUAGGAGCCAUUGCUGGCAUCAUCAUUCUUGUCCUGGUUGUGCUCUUCCUGCUGGUGCUGUUCAUCAUUUACAGGCAGAAGCAGAAAGGGAAGGAGACACACAUGCCCACUGUGACCUACACCCCUGCUAUGAGGGUCAUCAAUGCAGAUUACACCAUUUCAGAAACCAUCCCUCAUGCCAAUGGUGGAAAUGUCAACAGCCACUAUUUCUCUAACCCCAGUUACCAUACUCUGACUCAGUGCUCCAGCCCACCUCAUGUCACCAACAUGGAGAGGCUGACCUUGGCAAAGGCAAAAACCAGCCAGCUGUUUGUGAACCUGAAAAAUAUGGAGCCUGGAAAACGAAGCGCUGUCAUGGACUACACAGGAACACUGCCAGCAGACUGGAAACAUGGUGGCUACCUCAAUGAGCUUGGUGCUUUUGGACUUGAUAGGGGAUAUGUGGGGAAGUCCCUGAAAGACCUGGUGAAGAACUCAGAGUACAAUUUAAGUAAUUGCUCACUGAGCAGCUCUGAGAACCCCUAUGCUACUAUCAAAGACCCACCAGCUCUGGUGCCAAAGAGUUCAGAAUGUGGCUACGUGGAAAUGAAGUCCCCGGCGCGUCGCGACUCCCCCUACGCCGAGAUCGCCGGCUCUGCCACAGCCAGCAAGAACGUGUAUGAAGUUGAGCCCACGGUGAGCGUUGUCCAAGGCGCGUUCGGCAGCGGCGGCGGGCGCCUCGGCCAGGAUCCCUACGACCUCCCAAAAAACAGCCACAUUCCAUGCCACUACGACCUGCUUCCUGUCAGAGAGAGCCCCACGCCCUCCACAGAGGGGGUCAGCAGCAAAUGACCCCGCAAGGAGCUGAUGCCUACAACCCUGGGACUCUCAAGGGGCAGAGUGGCACGGUCGUGCUCCUUCCUCUCUCGUUUACCAUCUCUCUUGGCUCCUGAUCUGUCCUGCAGAUAAUUGCUGUACCUUAAGCAGAAUCUCAGCACGAGGUCUGUAUUGUGUAUACAAGUGACAGAUGGACAAAUGCCACACUCUGGGGAUCCUGAUUCUUCUUCUUUUUUUUUUUUUUUUCAUGGCAGUAAAUUUUAUAGAAACAGGUAUGCAACACAUUUAUACUGUAAUAUACUGGCUUAAAAAAUAGUAGUUUGCAGAUUAGUCUUGAUAACAUCACAUUUUUAGCAACUUCAAAUAUAGGCUUCACGUCUGUCAUGUUCCAGAGUAGGAAUACUCCCACGACAGUGCAAUUUACCAAAUACCACUUUGUACAGGUGAUCUGAUUCACCAGUUACUCACUAGUAGAAGGAAAACUGCCUUGCCAAAUUUUACCUUCCAUUCUUAUCUUUAGUCAAGACAUGUUACAAGAAACAAGAUCUGAUGGGGAUAAGGAAGCACAGUGUUGCAGUUGUAUGGGAAAUCCACCAUCAGGCUUUGCUGUCCAUUGCAGGUGGUGGAUGUACUUGGCUUGAAUAGUUCUGGAGACAAAAUAAUUGCGUACAUCAAUAUUUACAUGAUGCUUCAAGAUCUCAUAGUACUGUAGACCCAGCACCAGUCUUCAACAAGUAUUUUGCUACAGUUCAGCUUCAUACAUUGCAGUUCUGACCACUAUUUCUGCCACACACAAAGUAAUAAUCCACGACAUAUCAGCUAUUACUUCAAAAAAUAUGUAAAUUGAAUCAGUUUAUUUUUGUCACCACGGACUGAUUACGUAAGGAGUGGACAAAGGUGAUGACUUCUGUAAAUCUUAACUGCAAGGAAGGGUUUACAUUUUAUAAAAAGGUAGUAAUAAUGACUGUAAUAUAGGAUAAAGAUAGUCAAGUGUUCUCAUUUUUUUUUCUUUGAAAUAACUAAGCAAACUCUGUGCAUACUUGCUAAAAAGGCACCUUUUCUUUUUUUUUAUAGUUGAUGUAGGGAAACACAUGCUUAAGCUGGUCUUUUGCAUUGCUAAUAAUGUGACACAUGUACCCCCCCUCACCUCCAUUAACUUCUCUCUCCAUUUUUACGCUGUGUGUCUGUGUUUUUAGUGAACUAGCUUGUAACUGAAAAAAAAAAUUCUAGUAGGUGUGUGUGUGUGUCCAUUUCUUUUGCAUUUUUGCCAACUGGCCUUUUGUUUGUCCGGUACAAGGGACCUCUGGGCAGACCAAGAGGAGCAAAAUGAGAAUUCACAGUGAUGUCUGUCAUGGGUGACUAAAAAAUACAUAACAGUUCAGACUGAUUCAUUAAUUCAGGGGAAGAAAAUCAAGGUGUUUUUUGUUGAAAAUGACAACAAGAAGCCAGAAGAGAAGUAAAAAACAGUUCCUCCUUAAAGUUUAGCUUACUCUGUUGAUCAUGUGGAUGGAGACCAUCCUCCCAAAACAGCCCCUUUUUCCCAAAAGAGGCUUUCAGUCCUUCCAAAAUAGUCUAUUACAAGCUGCACGAUUUGGUGGAAAUUAAAAUUCACCAAGGGAUCUGUCCACUGGACAGAAUUUUCCCCAAACACGUCAACCUGAAGAUAACGUGGUGGUUUAUAGAUUAGAUAUCCUCUCUCAGUGAGAAGGUAUUUUUUAGGAAGCUAAGAGUGAGGUGCCAGCAUUUAACAUGGCCUGGCAGUGCCUCUGUACCACCUGGUCCCGAGGGUUGGUGUGUCACUGAUGGAAGGGGAGAAGGAUCCUGGCUGGUUGGCAGUUCCCUGGGCAUUUCUGGUAUAUCCUUGGAAUAAAGAAUUCCAUUACCUUUGGAUUUGGAAAGUACAGAUAUUAGCUAGGAGAUUUCUAAGGCUCCUUGCCAUUUAAUCCCUGUCUAAGAUGAAGUAUUGAUUGGGUUUGUAUGCAUCUAGAUAAAAUGUAGAGCUACUGGCAUAUACCCUUUUUUUUUUUUUUUUUUGUAUUGUGUGACUUUAAAAUAAAACCUUUCUUCUCUGAAGCCAUGAAUAGAAAAUGCUGCAUUUAACAACUGGGAGUUCAUUAAAAUUUCUUACUCUUUGAAGACCACUAGGUAAAUUAUCUUCAUCAUAUAAACAAUUCUUUUAACAUGGAAAAGGGAAGAGCUGAAUAAAUAAUGUGAGUUUUUUUAGAUUUCCAGCAUAUCACAUAUCCUCAAGGGAAAUAUUCAGUCAAAUAUUCAUGAAAAUAGAUGAGUUUACUGUCGUUUUGCUUAUUGUGUGUGUUCUAAAUGUACUCAUGACUGGGGUUUGCCUUCCUGCACGUGGGUAAAACUCCUGCUGGGUAGUCAGCAGCAGCAGUGUCUGCAUAAAUCUGAGCUGGAUGUGCAGUACCUGCAGGGCAAGCAAAUGGCUUGUGAGUUUACUUCAGAGAACGAUUCCUGGUGAGGUGCUCAGAACACUCAUUUCCUGGAGUGCACUCUGCUCUCAGCCUCAGAGACCCCCAGUUCAGUCCUGGUGCCUGCCAGACAGCUCUUCCUGCAGGUCCCACUGUGGUCUUCACACAAUUCAAACACUUCUGAAGGUGCAUUCUGUAGGG